AUGUUUAACAACCAGCCACUGGAACAAGUCGACAAGGAGCUGUACGACAUUCUGGCAGACGAAGGGAAGAGACAAAAAGAGACCAUAAAUUUGAUAGCAUCCGAGAAUCUGACUAACCUGGCCGUGCGUGAAUGCCUUGGGAAUCGAGUGAGCAACAAGUAUUCGGAGGGAUACCCCAAGAAGAGGUACUACGGAGGGAACGACUACAUAGACAAAAUUGAGGAGCUGUGUCAGAAGAGGGCAUUGGAAGCCUUCAACGUAAGCGAAGAAGAAUGGGGAGUGAACGUACAACCGUUAUCUGGCUCCGCGGCCAACGUACAAGCCCUGUAUGCUUUGGUAGGAGUAAAGGGAAAAAUAAUGGGGAUGCAUCUAUGCUCAGGAGGGCAUUUAACACAUGGAUUCUUCGAUGAAAAAAAAAAAGUAUCCAUCACAUCGGAUAUGUUUGAAUCGAAGCUCUACAAAUGUAAUGAUCAAGGAUAUGUUGACUUAGAUGCAGUGCGCGAGAUGGCCUUGUCAUUUAAACCCAAGGUGAUAAUUUGUGGAUACACCAGUUAUCCUAGGGACAUAGAAUACCAGAGGUUUAGACAAAUCUGUGAUGAGGUGGGUGCAUAUCUAUUCGCUGAUAUUUCACACAUCUCAAGUUUUGUAGCAUGUGGCAUACUCAACAACCCAUUUUUAUAUGCUGAUGUGGUUACGACAACGACCCAUAAAAUAUUAAGAGGCCCUAGAAGCGCUUUGAUAUUUUACAAUAAAAAAAAAAAUCCAGGAAUCGACCAAAAGAUAAAUAGUGCAGUAUUUCCAAGUUUCCAAGGAGGUCCCCACAACAACAAAAUAGCAGCCGUUGCAUGCCAACUUAAGGAAGUUAAGUCAUCCGAAUUUAAGGCGUACACAGAACAGGUUCUACUCAACAGUAAAGCACUAGCUAAAUCUUUAAUUAGUAAGAAUAUUGAUUUAGUUACCAACGGAACGGAUAAUCAUCUUAUUGUUGUAGACUUGAGAAAGCAUGGUAUUACUGGAUCCAAACUUCAGGAGACAUGUAACGCUAUUAACAUCGCAUUGAAUAAGAAUACGAUUCCAUCCGAUGUCGACUGCGUCUCGCCCAGUGGUGUGCGAAUUGGUACUCCCGCCAUGACUACCAGAGGCGCAAAGGAAAAGGACAUGGAAUUUAUCGCAGAUAUUUUGGACAAAGCCAUCAAAAUAACUGUAAACUUGCAGGAGCAGUAUGGUAAAAAGCUCGUCGACUUUAAGAAAGGAUUACCUACGAGUGUUGAAUUGCAGAAACUGAAACAGGAAGUUGUCACCUGGGCUGGUGCUCUACCCUUCCCCUGA